AUGACACGAAGGUACAGGCAGCGGGCAGGCACGUGGGGGACGGCAGCCAAUGGCUGCGGCGCCUGCGGGACUUUCUCGGCUCCUGCCGCUGAUAGAUCGCUGCGUCGGGGGCAUUUAAACGCCGAGCGCUCCGACGGCGCGGCACGGCACGGCACCGCGGGGCAGGGCGGCGGCGGCCCCCCGGGGGGGCGGGGGGGGCCGGGCCGGGCCAUCGCCCCGCCGCUGCCGCCGCCGCUGAUGCUGCUGCCGCCGAGGUCCCGCCCGCCGGUUGAAGAGGGGAAGGCAGGAGAGACCCGGAGGCUGCGCCCGGCCCGCGGAGCCCAGCGGCUGUCCCCUCCAGGGGCUGAUUUCUUGGACCGCUCAGCACGUAAGAAGUAACCAAGCGCAUUCUCUGUGAGCUCUAAUAUUUUUUUAAGAUAUGCUUCCUGAAAAAGCUUGCUGGCUGCUAAGCACUACUUUCUAGAAAAACAGGAUUGUUUCAAAAAAAAAAGCCUUUCGUGUGUGUAACAGGCUAGUUUCUGCAGGAGACACUUCUCCUACUGAGUCUCUUACGAGAAAGUGCUCGUUCAUGCUUUUGUUACAGCUCACCAUUUCCAAGCUUUGUAUUCUCACAGGCAUAAGAUGCUACAUUUAUCCAUUAAAAGGAAGAAGUCUUCAUCAAAGAUGCGAAUGGUUUUAGUUUCUUUGGUUUGUUUUUUUUACCCUUGUGAGAACCCUUGCAAUAAAGAAUUUGAAUGUG